AUGAGUGGGGAAAAGUAUUUGGGCAGCGCUGAGAGCGAUGAUCUCGAAGCUGUCCCACAGGUAACCCAUGAGAGCGACCCUGGCGGAGACCUCAGCGCUCGCGAGAAGGCUUUGGUCUGGAAGCAGGAUUUGCACAUUGUGCCCCUCUGUGCGGGCAUCUAUCUUCUCUGCUACCUAGAUCGAUCCAACAUAGGCAAUGCCAAAAUCCUCAAUCAGGACACCGGAAAUGAUCUCCUUUCGGAGACGCAUAUGACUUCGUACCAGUACACUGUCGCACUAAUGGUGUUCCUGAUCGCCUAUGCGCUUUUCGAAGUGCCUUCCAACUAUCUGCUCAAGAAGCUGAAGCCCAGUAGAUGGAUCGGUUUCCUCAUGCUUGCCUGGGGCGCAUCCACAAUGGGUUUGGGUGGCUCACACAACGUUGCCCAGGUCACUGGCAUUCGGUUCCUACUCGGAGCCACCGAGGCGGGUCUUUUCCCCGGACUCGUCUAUUAUCUGACCUUCUGGUAUCGCAAUUCAGAGCGCUCCAUGCGGGUCGCCCUCAUCCUGGCGUCAGCCACCCUUGCCGGUGCGUUUGGCGGCGCCAUUGCCUAUGGCAUCGGGCAUAUGAACGACGUCCGUGGCCUAUCAGCAUGGCGAUGGCUGUUCAUCAUCGAAGGCGCUCCGUCCUGCGCCUCGGCCUUUCUCGUCUGGUUCUUCCUUCCCGACUACCCCGAGUCUGCCUCGUGGCUGAGCCACGAAGAGAAAGCGCUUGCUGCCCAGCGUCUGCAGGCAGAAGGCUCCCAGGGCGCCGCAAAGGCCAUGAGCUGGGCAGACGCGAAGGAGGUUCUGACUGAUUGGAGGUUAUAUGCGCAUUAUAUAGUUUACUUCGGCAUCUCGGCUCCAUUCUCCAGUCUUUCCCUAUUCACACCUGCGAUUGUCAGCGGUCUGGGGUAUUCGAACCUGCGGGCGCAGCUCAUGACGGUGCCGCCAUGGGCUGCCGCCUAUGUGGUCACCACAGCGGUUGCUUGGUCCGCUGACCACUUCAACAGCCGUGGUCUUCAUUCCGCCGCCUUUGCCUUUAUCGGAGCCAUGGGCUUUCUCGCAUCAGCCGUUCUCCCCGCCGAUGCAUAUCUGCACCGGUACGGCUGUCUGGUGGUCGCAGCGAGCGGUUCCUUCGCUUGCAUUCCACCCUUGCUAGGAUGGCUGUCAGCGAACAUCCGCUCCACCGCCGGUACCGGGCUGGCCAUUGCAUUAAACGUGUCCUUCGGUGCGCCCGGGCAGAUUGUCGGCGUAUGGAUAUAUAAAUCCGACGAGGAGAAAAGAGGGUAUCCGACCGGGCAUUGGACGAAUGCGGCGUUGCUGCUGAUGGUCACUGCGGGAUGCAUUCUGCUGCGGCUGUAUUAUGGAUGGCGGAAUGGGAAGACGAAGGCAGGGGAGAGGUUCGCUUAUUGA